CUGAUCGGGGAGUUUUUUUUGUGAGGGUGUAACAGGUACGCAGGAGGAACAGGAUUGGUUUCCCUCCAUUCUUCACACACUUCCUCCAAGAUGAAUUAAAAAUCUGGGUCAACGUGACAACCAUCAUCCUCCACUGUGUGAGCCUACAUUUUUACUGUUUGUUUAAAUCCAUUGCACUGAGUCUGUCGGCAGAGCUACUGGGAGAGGAGAGACUGGGAACACACAACACAGAAGUAAGAGAGCGACUGUGGAACCUGAAGGAGUUUGACAAACAUCAGAGGAAAAACUAAAAGAAGAAGAACGGAUCAGACGAUAUACACCGAGGACAGCACACAGGGUUAUCAGAGAGAUGCUCCACCUGGACAUGUAUCAUCUGUUGGUGCUGUUGCUGUUGUGCAGCUCAGGACUGCAGGCUGAAGGAGAACACACCUCAAGAGAGUCUUUCAGGUUGGUGGGAAGACCCAGUCGCUGUGCAGGAACACUGAAGGUAAAAGAAAAUGGAGAGUGGAGACCAGUGUAUGGUGUAUUUUACUCUGACUGGAACCUGAAGACAGCAGCUGCUGCCUGCAGAGAGUUGGACUGUGGCUCUGCUGUUUCUGUAGAAGAGAGAGAAGAGUCCUCAGUCAGAUCUGUGUUGUGGAUCAGGUCUGACUGUGUUGAGUCUGGAUCUACUCUGAGGAAGUGUGUAGUAUCAGGUCCCCCUUACUCCAUCCUGGAUAUCACCUGCUCAGACCUGCUGCUUCAGCCCAACAUCUCUGUGUCCUCCUCCAUGGACGGGGUCUCCGAGGCUCAGCAGCAGGGGUUCCAGGUGUUCAGGGGCUCCACCUUCAACAUCAGCUGCUCCAUCCAGCCACAGUACCCAGGAGGCUCCUUCCAGCUCACCUUCACCUCCUCCAACUCAACACACAACUCCACCCACCCAGCUGUCAAUCACUCUGCCCACUUCCUGUUUCCUGCUGCAGAGCCCGCCCACCAAGGAAACUACAGCUGUGUUUAUCAACUCUAUAUUUUCUCUCAUAACUUCUCCUCUGAGAGCCAUCUGCUCUCUCUCACUGUGUCAGAGCCUGUCAGGUUGGUGGGAGGAGCCAGUCGCUGUGCAGGAACACUGGAGGUAAAACAAGGAGAAUGGAGACCAUUGAGUUACUAUUUCUCUGACUGGCCCCUGAAGACAGCAGAUGCUGUCUGCAGAGAGUUGGACUGUGGCUCUGCUGUUUCUAUAGGACAGAGAGUAGAGUCCACAUACAGAUCUGUGUGGAGGAUCAGGUCUGAGUGUGUUGAGUCUGGAUCUGCUCUGAGGGAGUGUGCAGCAUCAGCUUCCUCUUCCUACAUCCUGGAUCUAACCUGCUCAGACCUGCUGUUUCCACCCAACAUCUCUGUGUCCUCCAUGGACGGGGUCUCCGAGGCCCAGCAGCAGGGGUUCCAGGUGUUCAGGGGCUCCACCUUCAACAUCAGCUGCUCCAUCCAGCUACAGUACCCAGGAGGCUCCUUCCAGCUUACCUCCACCUCCUCCAACUCAGCACACAACUCCACCCAGCCAGGUGUCAAUCACUCUGCACACUUCCUGUUUCCUGCUGCAGAGCCCGCCCACCAAGGAAGUUACAGUUGUGUUUAUCACCUCUAUGUUUUCUCUCAUAACUUCUCCUCUGAGAGCCAUCUGCUCUCUCUCACUGUCUCAGAUCCAUCAUCAGAUCAACCAUCAGAUCCACCAGAUCCAUCAUCAGAUCCAUCAUCAGAACCAUCACCAGAUCCACCAGAUCCAUCAUCAGAUCCAUCAUCAGAACCAUCAUCAGAUCCAUCAGAUCCAUCAGAUCCAUCACCAGAUCCAUCAACAGAUCCAUCAUCAGAUCCAUCAGAUCCAUCAGAUCUACCAGGUCCGGCACCUUUUAUCAUCGGAGUGGUCGUGUUGUCUCUGACUCUGCUGUUGGUGAUCACUGCCCUUUCCUUCUACUGUAAGGCCAGCAGGGGGCAGAAGUCGGACAGAGAGAACAUUGAACUGUAUGAAAAUAACCUGGGUGUUCCUGAAGCUGAAGGAGGGCUGACUGAAGAGGAAGGAGAGCAGCGAGCAGAGUAACACCUCCAAGGAUCUCAUCUCACAUUCAGAUAGAUUGUAUUAUUCAAGUUCCCUUUAACUGUUGUCUAAGCCAUAUAAGCCUUGUGUAAUAAUAGUGCGAGAUUGUCCAAGCUCUCAACGCUGAAAUAUGAUUCAGGGGACGUGAAUCGGAAAAUCCGACAUCCGAAUACAAAUGGAACGUACUAUAAUGAUUAUGAUUAAGCCUGUUAUGCAAAAUCAAAUUAUGAACAUAAUUUCUGUCAGGAGAACCUGGGCUAUCAGGAUAUGUAUGCUGCAGCGAUGUCAU